UUCUAUAUAAAGAGAUUCUAACUCAAAAACAAUACAACAUUCCAUUGACCCCUUUUCGCUUCCCUGACUCAUCUCUCUCUUUCUCUCUUUGAGUUCUAGAGAGAGAAACUCAACACAUAGAGAGAGAAAGAGAGAGAAAUAAACCAUAGCUUAGGUUAAAUGCAAAGGACAAUCUGCCAAUAGGUUGAAAUGAUCUUAAACUAUUCUUCAGAAGCCCAGCAUUGAUGCCAGCAGUUAAAAUGGUGGCCAAAACUCCUACAACUUGCAAAAAAGAUGGGAGGUAUCCUCAUGUGUCUCAGAAGUCAAAUACAAUAUCUAAAAGACCAUGUUCAAUGGUUGGAGUUACCGAUGCAAUGGAAGAUUUAGAUAUAUCAUGCCAAACAUAUCUUAAUGGUGGUUUUUCUGUAAAUAAAGAGUAUUCAAAGGAGCGUGACUAUGAUGAACACCAAAUGUCAUGUGAUGAAGAAACAAUUUUGGGGAAGAACAGUCUCCCAUUCAAUGGUUGUGCAGAUUCGCUAGUAGAAACGGAUUCUUUUCCGGUUUCUGUUUCUGCAAUGUCAGAUUCAGAUACAUUGUUGUCUUAUUUUAACAGGCCUGAUGAUGCCCAUUGUAACUUAUUUGAAACAGUUAAUAAGGAACAAAUGACUAACCCACCUGAUCAAGCGGAUGACAGUAACUUUCCAAAUUUCGAAAUACCUGAUAUGUUAGACUACUAUGUGGAUGAAUCAUUCUUCGGGUUUACUAGUGAUGGGAUCAAUCCAUUUGACGAUGGUCUCGACUAUAGUACCUUUUCCGAUCUUGAAUUUGCUGGACCAAAUUUGUUAUAUGAUCUUCCUAGUACCCUUGACGAAAGCAUAGAAGCAGCAAGCUACCAAUAUGCAGGAUCCUGUGAAGAGUUUCAGGAGCCAAUACCUGAUUCUUCAUGGUUCAAUGUCAUUUGCCAUCAGGCCAAGCCACUUUCUGAAGAACAUGAUGCCAGGUCAUGUCAGCUUGAUUCCCAAAGAGUAGAUUAUACUGAUCCGGAUAUAUUCAUAAGCUUCUUGGAGGUAUCAGAUGAAUCCAACUCAUUGCCAGCUCUAGUAAGCAAGGAGACAAGUAAAAGGAAGCAUGUUACCCUUGUUCUUGAUUUGGAUGAAACACUGAUCCACUCUACAAUGGCGCAAUAUGAUAGUCGUGCCGACUUCACAAUUCCAGUUUUACUUGACAAGGAGUACACUGUCUAUGUGCGAAAAAGGCCCUUCCUCCACGAGUUUUUGGAGAGAGUAUCGAAGAUGUUUGAGAUCGUCAUUUUCACAGCAAGUAAAAAGAUUUAUGCUGAAAAGUUGCUAGAUGUUCUUGAUCCUGACAAAAAACUUUUUUCUCGACGAUUAUACCGAGAUUCGUGCAUCUAUCAAGAUGGCACCUUCACCAAAGAUUUGACAGUUCUUGGAAUUGACCUAGCAAAAGUAGCCAUAGUAGACAACUCUCCUCAGGUGUUCAGACUGCAAGUUAACAAUGGGAUUCCUAUUGAGAGUUGGUUUGAUGAUCCAUCUGAUUCUGCUUUGAUUUCUUUACUUCCGUUUUUGGAGAAACUCGUUGAUGUGGACGAUGUUCGACCGAUUAUCGCAGAGAAAUUUGAGAACAAGAAGAAUUAGUUUUGCAUAUAUUCCGGACCUCCUUGCCCUUCAUAGAAUUAGUCAAUUACUCUAAUGAUCUUAGAAUACCGCAUCAGUCAAAAAUGACUCUGCCUAGUUGUCUUGCACAUUUUAGUUUGACUCUAGUGAGUUUUCAGAAAUAGCUAUGAUUCUGGGGUAGCUUGAUAGUAUUUUUAAAAAUUGUACAUAAAUAGUACAAUAAUUUUUAUUUCAAGUUUUGGAUUUUGACUUGUUAAAGUGUCGACUUACUGAACUGCAGUACAGAGGCUGUGUUAAUUAAUGGGUAAAGUUUAUAUUUCAGAUGUU